AAUAAGGAACUUACAUCAAAAAUAGUCUUCGUACUAAAUAUUUGAUUUUAAUAUUCAGUAUUGUUACCAUUAUGAAAUAUUACUGAAUUAAGUCGGAACGGCAUGGAUUCCACCAAAGAUUUAAGGUGAGCUGGAUCAAUAUUGGCCCAUUCGUGGUCUAUUGCCUUUUUAAGGUUUCUUGCUGUGUCAAACUGUCUACCGUUCUUGAACACUCUGGCAGAGAGGAUACCCCACAGAUUCUCAAUCGUAUUUAAGUCCGGACUUAAGGUGGGCCAGUCCAAUACAGACACAUUGGUUUGCAUUUUUGAACGCGUAUAAUACUAAAUUGGAAAUUUUGCUGAAUCUAACACUAGACGAAAUUUGUGAGCAGAGAAAUGAUACAUUUUCUUUAAAUUUAAGAAAAAGAAGGGUAUUGAAGUCAAAAAGAAAUCGUUUAUUAAAACAAUAAAGUCGUUUCCCGAGGACAUUUUCUAUUCCCAUUUCCGAAUGAAUUUAGCCACUUUUAAGGCUUUGGAAAAGACUUUGACUCCACACUGGGUAACUGCAAGGCUUGGCCGUGAUGGUCGUUCGUUAGAGAAUUGUCUGUACAUGACAUUAUGGAAGCUAUGUAAUAACAGGGUGACGUUCCGACAGCCUUCGGUUCGCUUCCACAUUUCAAAAGGAACAUCACACCGUGUAUUUAACAAAACAAUCCAAGCCAUUUGUAAUCUUAAAAGCGAAAUAAAAUGGCCGUCUAUUGACCGUCAGCAAGAGGUCAUGACAAAUUUUGAAAAUAGCAGAAAAAAUCCCUUUACUUUUGUUAUGCGAUGUUUAGAUGGAACGCAUUUUAACAUACCUUCCCCAAGUGUAGAUGCGAUUAGUUAUUAUGAUCGCAAAGGAAACCACUCAGUAUCCAUKAAGGCUAUAUGCGACAGCCAAUAUCGUUUCCUAGAUGUGUUUAUUGAAUAUCCAUUGAGUUGCUACGAUGCCAAUGUUUGGACAAAUAGCCCAAUAUUUUAAGCAAUAACAUCUGGCGAGUUACAGCUGGCACCAAGUGCUGUUAUAUUGGGGGACUCUGCGUACCCCAUAUCAAAAUUUCUAAUGAUACCUCACAGAGACAAUGGGCAUCUCAGUAGGGAACAGAAGAUUUUCAAUACCCGUUUAAGUUCAACGCGAGUAUUUAUAGAACAAACUUUCGGGAUUUUUAAGAAACAGUUUAAAAUUUUAAAUUAUAUUGAAACUUCGAGCAUUAAAGCCACAUCUACUGUAAUACUCGCUUGCGCUAUCUUAUGCAAUUUUAUCAUAAAUAAGGGAGGUUAUUCUGAACAUAUUAACGAUACAAUAACACAUGCUGAUAUGGAAACCUACAAUGACAUCGAAGGAAUUUAAGAUGCCCCCAUUCGCCGUGUUGAUUCAGAUGAUAUCAAGGGAAUCGAUAGAGAAACUAUUUUACCACUCAGUUUUCAUCAUAAAAAAUUUA